AUGAAGGCCUUCACAGCAUCAGCCUUGGCGGCGGCUCUCUAUGCGGCGACUGGCUCCGCUGAGCCUGUCCAGGCCUGCCCCAACGAUGUUUGCUUCCGCGUCGCCGUUCCGCAGGCGUCGGCUAGCUCUGGCUCCGGCAACCUCUACUUCCAGAUGUCCGCCCCGACUAGCUACCAAUGGGUUGCCCUCGGUACCGGCUCCAGCAUGUCCAACUCCAACAUGUUCAUCAUGUACACCGACGGCGCCGGCAACGUGACCAUCAGCCCCCGUACCGCCCGCGGCCACAACAUGCCGACCGUCUCCCAGAACGGCGCCAACCUUUCCCUCCUCGGUGGCUCUGGCAUUGUGGAUGGCAAGAUGGUCGCCAACGUUCUCUGCACCAACUGCGCUUCCUGGAGCGGUGGUUCCAUGUCCCUGAACUCGGCCACCACCUCCUGGAUCGCGGCCUGGAAGUCCGGAAGCGCCAUCAACUCUGCCAGCAACAGCCAGAGCAUUCAGCAGCACGACGACCAUACCAACUUCAACCUCGACCUGACCAAGGCGACUGUUUCUACCGACAGCAACCCGUUCACUGGAGCGGCGACCGGAGGGAAUGGCAGUGGCGGCGGUUCUACCAGCGGAGGCAGUGGCGUUGUAUUUAACGGUGGUGGCGGCAAGUCUGCCAUUCUUCUCGCCCACGGCGUUAUAAUGUCGAUCGUCUUUAUUGCCUUGUACCCUCUCGGAGCCAUCCUCAUGCCCCUGGUUGGCAAGUGGAUGGCCCACGCUCUCUGGCAGUCCGUUGCGUUUGCUCUGAUGUGGGUAGGCUUCGGCACUGGCUACGCCUACGCCCGCGACAACGGUUAUCUGUUCGCGCAAACCCAUACUCUGCUUGGUACUGUCGUCGUUGCCCUUCUGGCCAUCCAGCCUUUCCUCGGAUACGCGCACCACGCUUACUACAAGAAAUUCCAAACCCGCGGUGCCAUCAGCCACGUUCACAUCUGGUACGGCCGUGCCCUGAUGAUCCUCGGCAUCAUCAACGGCGGUCUCGGUCUCCAGCUGGCGAGCACACCGACCCGAUACGUUAUCGCAUACUCCGUGGUCGCGGCCGUUCUGGGCGUCAUGUGGCUCGGAGCUGCCGUCUGGGGCGAGACGCGCAGGACACCACGCAUGAAGCAGGAACACAGCCACGAGUCUUCAGAGUCUCAGCAGCGCAUUCCCUACCGUCAAAAGAAAUAG